CCGGCGAGGUCACGGCACCGUCCCCGAAGCCGGGCGGCUUUUGCAAGGCGUUGACAUCACAGAGGUGUCACCUGGCACCGAGCGCGACAUGGAGACGCUCCAGCCACCGUUCCUCACUUGCCGAUGUAGAAACCCGGGGCUCGGUUUCCAGCCAGGCGCUUUGCCAAGGAGUCAGGUGAGUCGCGGGCACAAAGCGCUUCAACAUACCUCGCAGCCGGCCACCUCCUCGGCAUGGCCGGGACAGCCACGCAGCUUGCGUAGGGGGGCUGCUCGCGGUCCCCAGCGGCCUGGAAGGUGUCAGACCAUGUCUUCUUCAAGCAGAUCGCGGCCCCUGAGCCUCGUGUUUCUUUUGGGGAUGGGGAUGGCAUCGGAGAGGAUCAACUGCCCGAGCAGAUGUAGCUGUCAGUACCUGGAAGUGAACUGCACAGGGCAGCAGUUGCAGGAGUUCCCUGCAGCCAUCCCACUGGACACCAGGCAGCUGAUCCUGGCGGCAAACAACGUGUCAUACCUGCCGGCAGUGGAACUGAGCUUCUUGGCUGAUUUGGUCUACCUGGACUGCAGGAAGAACCUCUUGGGGGAUGACCUGGAUUUCACUUUCAUUGGUGUGGCCAAGCUUGUCUAUCUGGACCUCAGCUUCAACAACCUCACACAGGUCACCUUUAGCACUUUUUCACACCUCCUCAGCCUGGUGGUGCUGAAGAUCUCAGACAAUCCCAACCUUGUGGCCAUCGACAAGGAUGCUUUCGCCAACAACACCUGGCUGAGGCACUUGGACGUGAGCCGGACAGGCUUAACAUUCCUGGACACCAGCACUGUCCGGGACCUGCCCCACCUGAGGUUUCUGGGGCUCAGUGACAACCUGUGGCACUGCAACUGUUCCUUUUUGGACUUCAUCACCUGGAUGACAGAAAGCAACGUUCAUUUUCCAGAUGCUGACAACAUCACCUGCUACACCCCAGAAGGCUUGCGUGCCCUGAAAAUGCCUGCAGUGGAAGCACAGCUCCACUUCAACUGCCUGACCCAGCUGUACAAGCAAGACUACAUCUUUCUGUGUCUUAUUGGCUUCUGCAUAUUCUUUGCCGGCACCAUGGUAGCCUGGCUGGCUGGCAUCUGUGCUGUCAUCUACGAAAUCCACACUUCAAAGCAGGAGGAGGAGGAGGAAGACACAGUCACUUAGGAUCAGCCCUACAAAUCCUACUGAAUGUCCAUCGUGGGAACUGAAGGCAGGCCCUUCCUGCCCGAUUUCCUACAUUAUGUCCCAUUCUAGAUGCUAUAUUUUUUGAAGUGAAAUAAAACUGUGAGAGAAGAAACUCUCUGUGCUCCAGUUUCCCUCCCUGUGCUACCUCUACUUGUCUUCUUCCACUGGGAUUCAGGACGUUGGCAAAAUAUUCAUUUGGGGGAGGGGGAGCAUGAGAGACAGGCACAGUGCCAGGCAUUUACACUCCUGCUUUACCAUGAAACCACAGAAAACCAGGGUCACAGGGACCAGCUUGAAGAGGCACAAUCUGAAAUACGGGAAAGACCCCAGCACUCUUCUGUAGCCAGGUUGUUCACCAAGGCCUCUCUGGCCAGAAUACCCAGCAGAGCUUACUGGGACCAGCCCAGAUAGCUUACUGGAGCCCCAGGGAAUCCAAGAACUUUCUGCUGUGGAAAGGCAGGUAUGUGAGCAAAGAGAUUAAAACCAGGAUUUUAGGGACCUGGGAUCCCACUGAGUCCUGCUUUCUUCCCCACUACACUGGUGACAGCAAAAGGCACCAUCUGUCCCCCUGCGGCAGGACCUCCUGUACCUCCACCAGUUUAUGAACAUUUACAGGACUGGAGAGUCUGGCUCCAGCUUUGUAUCACAUGUACCUAAAACUGGAAUUUUUUAAAUGUAAAAAAUACUGCUAACGCACCUUCCAAGUAUUCUUGGAAAUGGCUUGUGUUUCGAUGCCAAAGUCCCAAGGUUGCAUAUAGAGACCUGAAUAAAGGGAGAUGUAAAUAAGAUCCUUCAUAUCACUAACACUGAUAAUUGCCAAGAGAAGUAUCUGCUUACAUGACCGAGUACAGCAGCUCCACGUGUGAAACA